AUGCGGCAGUCCCUUUCGACUCCAGCUGCACGAACAGCCAACGUUUUCAUCGCGGAUAAUCUUAUCGGGUGCCUGGUGGCAGCAGGGUUUUGCAAAAAACAUGCACCGUACAGGAAUAUACGGCCGGCGGGGAUAUCUCGAUCGCUUCUGGGUACAGCAAGAAGGCUACAGAGUACAUCGAGCAGUGCACUACUUGCAGAACCGAGUGAUCCAGCACCCGAAAAUCGCGAUACGCAGCACUCGAAAACGGAAGAGCAAGAAAAUAUUCAACGAAGGAGAUCAAAAUGGCGAACAGAUGACUAUGCAUCAAACGGGCAUGGUCCUCCAGCCGUCGUGAAGGGACCUAAACAUGCCCUACUGCGCAGAAGCUCACUCCCGAAGGACUUUAAUUUAGAUGCAGAAUCAUACAACCGAGCGAAGAACGCGAAUACCGAAGAGUCAAAACUACUAUUUGGUUUAUAUGUUGGUGUUCUAGGGAAGGUCGAGGGGACAACAAGUUUGAAAGUUGUUUUGUCAAACCCCCAGCGAGAGGCAUGGGUGUCUCCUCGACCACCUAGCCAAGCUGGAACUGACGACCUUGAAACAGCUGGAGUCUCUCACCUUGUCUCCCUCUUGGAACAAGGAGGCUGCACCGACCAAGAGCUCUUUGCAGCAUAUAGAAGGAUACCCUCGCCCGGAGUAUCAUACCUCAGCGCCAGAACCAGGGGUAGACUGCUUCAUCGCUUCGCUAAACCCGAACGUAGGGGCCGUACCGGGGUUUUCUACUAUCUAACAUUGGUCGACGACAUGUGCAAUGCCUCGCUUGAGAUGUCUCCGUCUCUUUGGACAGCUGCGAUCCACCUAGCAGGUAAAUCUGCCAUUACCGUGAAACAAGAAGAUCUUGAGGCUGCAAUCGGUGUGUGGCGCCGAAUGGAACAUGAAGGCAACAUUUCGAGCUCGAGUGUAGCUUUUAAUAUCCUCUUUGACCUGGCUAUAAAAUCUGGUCAAUUUAAGGUGGCUGAGCGAAUCAUAGCAGACAUGAAAAAGCGGAAAGCCAAAUUCUCUAGGUUUGGCAGAGUUGCCCAAAUAUUCUUCAAUGGUUUAAAGGGGAAUGCCCAUGGAGUCCGUCGAGCAUACGAUGAGUUUGUCAAAGCUGGUGAAAUUGUGGACACUGUGGUUUUGAACUGCGUGAUUGCGUCACUAAUCCGGUCUGGAGAGGCUAAGGUUGCGGAACUCAUGUAUGAACGAAUGAAGGAUGCAUAUAAAAAACUCGAAACCAGCCCCAAGGAGAAGGCGGUCAUGUAUCCAUCGCCCUCCCAAGACUAUACUGCCUACCGCAAGGCAAGCAAACAGCUGGGACGGGUUCUUGGAAUGGCAUCCUACCUACAUGAUAAGCUUCCAGACCAUCAUCGGGCUUUGCAGGCUGCCAUGCCAUUAACACCAGACGCAAAGACGUUCCAUAUUCUUCUUUCUUACCAUGCGCAUGUUACGGGAGACCUGGGUCGGUUUUUGGCUCUGCUUGCUGAAAUGGAAGGGACCUUGUCGAUUCCAUGCCAUGGAAUGGAGUAUAUCCUUUUAUUUCAAGGGUUUGCGAUACAUGGCUCGAAGCGAAAUACUAGGUGGACAUACCCUCGCCUACAACGGGCUUGGAUCUCGUUCCUCCGUUCUGUGCGUGAUUCCGAUGCCGAAAUUCAAACCAAACAGCGCACCUUACAGAGAAAGGCGAAGUUCACCUGGUCGGCCGAGUCCUCUUUUGUUGAGGGCGAAGAUUCAGAAAGAGAACUAACACCGGAGGAAGUAGACGAAGCCGAAGAGGGUUUCAAGGAUGAAGCGGACAAAAUUUUUCCCGAUAGCUAUUACUAUGCUCGUGAAGAACUUGAAGACGACUGGAAAUAUGAAAACAGCGUCUAUCUAGGUCGAACGGUUAUCAUUGCAUGUCUUCGCGCCUUCCAUGCAUGUGGAGGACGGCCGGCUGUCCUGGGGCCUAUUGAUAUUGACUUCACACUUCGUCGGGUUUUCGGGAAAAAGUCAUUUCGACCGCUUCAACGUGAUGUUAUCCAGGCUGCGAUUGAGGGACAUGAUGUCUUCCUCCAGGCAGCAACGUCAUUUGGGAAAAGCCUGUGUUUUCAACUGCCGGCGGUAGUGGCCCAUGGAGUUACUAUUGUCGUUUCCCCUCUAUUAUCGUUGAUGGUGGACCAAGUUGCUAGUCUUGAGGCAAGGGCGAUACCUGUUGCAACUAUCAACUCAACAACACCUGGAUCAAAACGCAAGGCAAUUCUUGCAGACAUUCUAUCAGGGCAUCCAGUAACCCGCCUUUUAUAUGUAACCCCAGAAUUCUGUCAGACAGAGUCUUUCAGACGCAGUAUUUUAACGGUCCACCAACAAGGGGAGCUCACACGAGUAGCAAUUGACGAAGCCCAUUGCGUUAGUGAAUGGGGCCAUGACUUCCGGCCAGCAUAUAAAGCUCUGUCCUGGUUUCGACGCGAGCUCAAAGACCCCAUAGUACCCAUCACAGCUCUCACUGCUACAGCGACGACUCGUGUUCGCAACGAUAUCAUCACUUUGCUUGGGCUGGAUCCGAGUAAUCUGAAGAAAUUCAGCACCUCGUCAUCUCGCCCAAACAUCCAUUACGAGGUGAAAUACCUUCCAAUAUGCGCGUAUGACCUAACAAUACCAGAGGACAGUCAGAUAGACUACAUGGUGUCCUGGUUGCAGGCAAUUCAUAACCGCCGCAUGUCACGACUAUCACCGCCAAAAGAUGGGCCUCAAAAUGAAACUUCUACCAAGUCGCCAACUCUUCCUCCAAUGUCAGGGAUUAUAUACGUCCCGCUCAGAGCUCUGUGCUGUGCUAUUGCUAGCAUCCUAAGCUCCUGCAAGACUCUCAAUAUUAAGGCUGUCUCUUAUCAUGCAGGCCUCCCAACCAGUGAACGUGAGAGGAUCCAGUCACUGUGGGCAGCUCCCCAUAAGACCUAUGUUCAACCCAAGAAUCUACCAAAAACGACAGCUACGCGCAACCAGAAGGCUGACCCGCCUGCCUUUUACAUCGUUGUCGCUACCAACGCCUUUGGAAUGGGGAUUGAUAACCCUAAUACUGGUGACUUUGCAAAUGAAACGGUCCGGUUAACGAGAAAAAGAACCUUCGAAAACCUUACUGCUGCUGAAAUCAAGGCACAGGAAGAAGCAAAAAUCCGUAACACGGAGGCUAUACUUCGGAGCUUUGCGAAGGUUGUCAAAUACUGCGAAAUAACUGAUCGAUGCAAACAUGUCGUUAUUCGAGAAUUUUCCGACGAUCUUGAAUUAGAGCUUGCCCGUGAAAGACCCCCACCGUCAUCUCAAAUCGCAUCGGGAUCAAAGCCAAAAAAUUUAGCUGUAUGUGACUAUGCAUGCGACCACUGCAAAGAAGGUCCUGUCGCAUUAGGGAGGAGGAAAAAUGAAGGACUGAAGAGUGCCCAGCUGUUUGAGGAUGGAGCGGCAGAGGAUGAUAUCUAUACUAAGAUGAAUUUGAUUCACUUUGUAGAAUCAUACUUGGGUAGGCCUGAGGGUUGCUAUCUUCCCGAUACGACUCCGUGGCAAAUUGGAUGGCACUAG